GGCGCCGGACAACCAAUAAGAGCAGUGCAACCGUUUCCCUCAGCCAAUAGGAGGGGCGAAGCGGAUCCAGAGCGUGGGGAAAGUGAAAGUAGGAUGCCUGAAGCUGGAAAGGGCUAUUGAAAUUCGCUAUCGGAGCAGCAGGCUAAGAUGUAGGAUGCUUGAUGCCCCGCAAGAAGAAGCCUAGCCAAUCCAAGAAGCCCCCUCUGCAGUUUUUAGAGAGUCCACAAAAAGGAGAGAAGUGCAUACAAGUCGUGCCUCUUCAAUCUGCGGUAAACCCGCGUCAUGUAUCCUGUGUACCAGUUGACCAGAGAUCGUCCUUUACUUGGGUGUUACCACAGUUUGAGUUUUUGGACACAACACGAGAACUACGCAAAUGUAACAAAUCUGAUCGCACAACACAACAUAACCACAAAAAGAAGCAGAGUACUGCUCUAAAAGCAGGAGCUGAGAGAAAAGUGCAUAAUAACUUUGUGCCUUUGACCUUUCUGGGCUGUGGUGCAUUGCCUGUUCGGAAGAAGAACCACCAAGUUCAUUCUGGCACCUGUCAGAAAGUUGGAACUCCUAAACAAACUCGACUACCAACAGAUAAAACUUCACUUAUGGGCAUCACCUCGCAAGGAUUUAAAGAUGACAGUCUCUUUGGAAGCGUUCAAAAUAUAGAUGCCCUGGGUCAGAAGCUCAAGUGUCGCCACCGAGGAUCUGUGGCAAAAGGCUUGUUUGGCAAAAUAAACAGUGUCAAAAGUUCAGUAGGGGACAUGCCCCACAGUUCGUUGAAAUGCUCCAGUUUCAGUUCUCCAUUGUAUUGUGUCGACCACCAAAGUCAUGCAGAGUUUGUUGGUAAGGAGCUCUCCCUUGCUGAUCACUUUGUGCAGUCAGCUGAUGAGGAUUUCAUCCUGCCACAAGUUAGCACUCCCACAAUCGAUAGCUUACUUCCAGUGGGUAGUUUGAGAGGAAAUGUUAAUCUAUUAAGGGACAGGACACCAGACAUAUCCAAUAGGAUCUCUUUCCAAAGCAGACCAGAGGACUGCUUAGACACAAAUUAUGGACUAAAUGAUUUUUCUGAAGUAUGCCUACCUCCAGAGGUUUGGGUACAGGACACUCCAGAACAUGAAUAUGGACUCAAAGCGACCUGGCGAAGACGGCCACACAUUGUGCAGUAUCUGAAAGAUCGUGGAAAACUAACCAGUAGUGAUUUGCUUGUUGGCAAAUAAAGAGGAUAUUUGACCAAUUUGGGGAAAAAAAAAUGCAAAUAGUAAUAAGUUUUUCACUUUAAAUGGUAUUGUCAUUUAAUUUAGUUACUGUUUACUACUUAUAAAGAAUAUCUGGGAAAUUGGCUGACUGAAGCUACCUGACAGCAUUAUCCUUUGACCUGUCCAUGUUGCUGUGUAGCUCAUUGAGACUCAGAAUUCUUUAACGCUCAUUGACAUUUUAUAUUUUGAACUCAAUCCUCAACCGUGGCAUCUUCUGUGUUAGUGCAACAUUGGGUCCAGACUUCAUUUAAGUAUCUAAACGUAAUAUAGAGUCAGAUGUGAUUUUGUGGAAAAGAACUGUAAUUGGCUCAUGCCCACAACAACUAUGCUGUAUAUCUUUCCGAGUAAUGUGUUUCAACUGAUCAUCCCACUAUGCAAUUAACAACACUUUUUUGCUUUUGCUCCAGAUUUUUAGAAUAAAAGUCAUUACUGUCUGUAAACUAUAA